AAAUAUUAUUUCUUGCUCUAAGGGGAAAACAUAGUAGUGACUGGAGGCUACUUCCGGGACGUGUUAUGGUAUAGUGUGGACUGGGUGAGCAUUUACGAGCAUGGUGACAAGCGAUGGGUGGACGGCCCGGCGAUGCAGAAGUCCAGGCACAGCCACUGCUCAUCAGCUCUGGAGUUCCAGCUGUUUGUGUUUGGCGGUAGCAUGGAUGAGGGACCUGUGGCUGACGUAGAGAGGCUGGUUUUGGGAGCCAAGGAAUGGGACACCGUCAGCCCCAUGGUGCGGGCUGUGGAAAGGGCGGCCACUGUCACUUUGGGGACUAGUAUUUAUGUGGCCUGUGGUCUAGAUGAGAAUGGGGAUGUUUACAGUGGGAUUCAGAGGUACAGGCCAGAGGUUGAUCAAUGGGACGUGGUAUCCUAUUCUCCAUUUCCACGUUACGACCUUCUUGCAACUGAGCUCAAUGGUGCCCUCUAUCUGCUGGGAGGACAGGCUCUACGUUUAGACAUCGACACAGACGAGUGGACCAUUCUUCAAGAGGACUGUCUGGACAACAAAUUCUUCACAGGCUGUGCCACAGUGAACGGGCAGAUUUACAUACUGAGUGAGAGGAAGAUAAACAAAACGUACCCAAACAUGAUUUUACUAGACCCUUACACUGACACUUGCUUGGAAAUUGAUGAUAAAAUACCCUGUCCUGUCCCCAUAAGAGGUUGUGUCACAAUGCAUGUCGGUCCUUUCUAAAGCCAUAAUGUCAACACUAUCCUUUCAUGCAAAGUAUUAAACUAAUGCAAAAACAUUUUGUUGAGCAAAGUUGAGGAUAAUCAUAUUCUAAAACAUUUUU